ACGAACGUGGCGCAUCCAUGCGUGCCGCAGACUUUUUGUUCAGCUAAAUAAAAUAAUCUGUCGUCCAAUUGUUCUCUGUCCAAAACAUAAACAAUAAUUAUGGAGAUAACCGGCGCCGGGGAAUCACUCACCGGAGAUUCCCUCAACUAUGACCGUCAACGGGAGCUGAAGGCCUUCGACGAGUCCAAGUCCGGUGUCAAAGGUCUUGUGGAUGCUGGUGUCGCCAAAAUCCCGAGAAUUUUCGUCCGGCCGCCGGAGGAGCUCAACCGGGAGGACCAAAAUUCCGGCGAUCUAACCAACACCCAAUUUGUAGUUCCGGUCAUCGACCUUGGUGACAUCAUUGUCAGCCGCGCCGAUAAAGUUGCUGGUGUCCGGCGAGCCGCCGAGGAGGUUGGGUUCUUUCAGGUGGUAAACCACGGAAUUCCGAAAAAGCUAUUGGAGGAUGUGCUGAAGGCGGUGCGUGGAUUCCACGAGCUGCCAAGGGAGGUGAAGGCAGAUUAUUAUACGAGGGAAUUGAUGAGAAAGGUGAAGUUUGGGAGCAACUUUGAUUUGUACGAGUCCAGCUUUGCUAACUGGAGGGAUACUUUGUUUUGUGUUAUGGGUCCUGAGCCUCUUGACCCUCAAGAAUUGCCUCCUGUCUGCAGAGACAUAACUAUUGAGUAUUCUAAGCAAGCACGUCAAUUGGGGAUCAAUUUGCUUGAAUUGUUAUCAGAAGCACUUGGGCUCAAUCCCAACCAUCUUAUAGACCUGGAUUGUGCAAAGGGGACUCUUAUUCUUAGUCACUACUAUCCUGCGUGCCCUGAGCCUGAACUGACUAUGGGCACAAGCAAACACUCAGAUCCUGAUUUUCUCACCAUCUUACUUCAAGACCACAUUGGUGGGCUUCAAAUUCUUCAUCAAGACCGCUGGAUUGAUGUCCCCCCUGUGCCCGGAGCUCUAGUGGUAAACAUUGGAGAUCUCUUACAGCUCAUAUCUAAUGACAGAUAUAAAAGUGUAGAACACCGAGUGCUAGCAAACAAUAUAGGACCAAGAGUAUCUGUUGCAUGCUUUUUCACUCCCCACCUUUAUCCGUCAACAAGAAUUUAUGGCCCCAUCAGGGAAUUGCUGUCAGAAGAUAGUCCCCCUGUAUACAGGGAAACCUCGGUGCAAGAUUUCGUCACUUACUAUGAUCAGAAAGGUCUUGAUGGGGUCUCUGCCCUAACGCAUUUAAAGUUGCAAAAGGGAUCUGACUUUUAACCUUUGUCUCUUAAUGUAGUAGUUUAUAAGAACCUAAGUGACAAACAUUUCAAUGUUCAAUCUACUGUUAUUUACUAAA